AACAGUAAUUUGUUUCAACUUAUCAAAACCUAUUCAAAAUGAACAAAUUCGUAACUUUCUUUUUCGCAGCUAUCGUCUUAGCACAAAUCGACUGUUCUAAACUUGGACAAUCUCGUAUAUCAAGUGGAUUUACCGCAAAUAUCUACGACGUUCCAUGUUUCACAAGUUUAUACAUCAAUUUUCCAUUUUCUGAUGUCUAUCGAACUUGUGGAGGAUGUUUGAUCGCCAAAAAUAAAGUAGUGACAUCAGCUGGCUGCGUUUCGAUUCCAGAAGAAGGUUUAACAACGAACAUUGCAUUUUCAUUUGGAACCUUCAAAAAUGUUAAACCAAGACUUGGAUUCAAAAAAAUCAAGGUCCCAACUGGAUAUGACUACACAAAUCUCAAGUCUGGCAGCAAUAUCGCAGUUAUAACAUUGAAUAAUACUGUUACUCUAAACACGCUCGUUCAAACAACAACACCAAGUUCAAAUUCAACACUCGAUGCAUAUGUUGGGGAGGAUUUGUUUGUUUGUGGUAUUGGUGAUACUGACAAUGAUGGAAACAGACCACUAACUCUAAGAUGCACUUAUUUGACUGUUGUUCCUUCUGCCCAAUGUGCGUCAGCAUCAGCAGCAGCUACUACUGCAGCAGCCACAACUGUUGCUGGAGCUACAACUGCAGCCGGAGCUACAACUGCAGCAGCAGAAACUACUGCAGCCGCAACAACUGCAGAUCCAGCAGCAACGACAACAGCGGCUCCAGCAGCAACAACAACAGCAGCAGCAGCUACUACAGCUGCCUCACCAACACCACAAAUCAUCUGCACUCUAAACAUCAAUGAUGCCAAUGUCUGUCAUGGAGAUGAAGGCUCCCCAGUAUUUUCAAAUUCAACAGGAUCACUCCAAUUCGUAGGCGUAGUAUCCCACUUCCCUGACGUCAAACCUAAUGCACCAUGCAAAGACGGCCAUAUGGUAGCAAUCACACAAGUUGGAAGCUUUUCCACAUGGAUCAACUUAUAAACGGAAGUAUUAGAAUAAUUAUUUUACUGCGAUCAUUUCCUUCGAAAAAUUUAUUACUGUCAACAAAUGUAAUUAAAUUUGACGUUAAGAAUUUUGAACAAUAAAAUAUAUUGUUCCUUAGCAUGCAUGAGAAUCAACUGUCUUUUUAAUUGCCUAAAUUAACGUACACAAAUUC